CGUGGAUACACACACACACACACACACACACACACACACACACACAGUACAGCUACGGGACUGAAGCAGUAAAUAUAGCUCAGUAAGUCAGUGGUUCGGGUUACGUUGGUGUUGUAUGUAGAACCGUGGGCGCUCCAGAAAGAACAGAUUUGUGGAACAUACAAAGCGGAUAGGAAGCUACACUGAUUAACUUCACUUAAAUUAAGACUUUAAACUAAAUUUCACCCACUUUAACAAGCGAACAGCGAUUUCAUAAAGAUUUAAAGCGCUAAAAGGAGGAGCGCCGUUAAGUGUGUGGAUUUACUCCAGGAUUUAUCCACAUUUCAUCCACAUUGAUGGAGCGAGUAUUUUCAGUAAUGGAUCUUCAGUCAGCAUUACAGCACCUCUAAUAGAAGGAGAAAGUCGUUGUACCUGUGGGACAGUCGGGUGAAUAAUGCCCAUAGACAGACUGGUAGACAUGGAGGAGAAACUACGCAUUCUGGAGGACCUGAACAUGCUGUAUAUACGGCAGAUUGCUCUCAGUUUACAGGACAGUGACAUCCAAAAGAAGAUUGACCAUGAGAUUCGGAUGCGGGAGGGUGCAUGUAAACUCCUGGCUGCCUGCUCACAGAAGGACCAGGCUCUGGAAGCCUCUAAGAGUCUACUCACCUGCAAUUCUCGCAUCAUGGCCUACAUGUCGGAGCUGCAGCGCAUGAAGGAGGCUCAGGUCAUGCAGCGGGUGGCACGCAGGUCAUCAGAUGCAGGUCCGAUGGAUGACCGGUCGCCAUGUAAAGGAAAAGUUGCCAUUUCAGAUCUUCGAAUUCCUUUGAUGUGGAAAGACACAGAGUACUUCAAAAACAAAGGAGAUCUGCACCGCUGUGCUGUAUUCUGUCUGCUGCAGUUAGGAGGGGAAAUCUGCGACACAGAUAUGGUGAUGGUGGACAGAACCCUUACAGACAUCUGCUUUGACAACACCAUAGUCUUUAAUGAAGCUAGCCCAAGCUUUGAACUCAGACUGGAGCUGUACAGCUGUUGUACAGAGGACGAUUACUCGGCAGGCAACACACCACGCAAACUGGCCAGCAAGCUAAGCUCUUCACUGGGCCGCUCAUCUGGGAAGAAGAUGCGGUCAGCACUAGAGCCCGGAGCCAUUAGCCCCAUUAGCAAUGGAGGCAACUCACAACUGCUGCUGCCUGUACCACCUGUUCCCAGAGGACCCAAGUACCACCUACUGGCUCAUACCACUCUCACACUCUCUCACGUCCAGGACAGCUUUCGCACACAUGACCUCACCAUUACUGGGAAUGAAGAGUGUUCAUACUGGUUGCCACUUUAUGGCAGUGCAUGUUGUCGUCUGGUAGCUCAGCCUCAGUGUAUGACACAACAGAUGAUAAGCGGCUGCCUCAGGGUCAAGCUUGGUGGCGAUCCUCAAGGAUGGACGAAGGUCUAUGGUGUCCUAAAAGGAACAAACCUCUUCUGUUACCACGGGCAAGAGGACAUGGAGGCCAACGUAGAGCCCUUAUUAACAAUCGGCAUUAACAAAGAGACACGGAUACGAGCAGAAAAAGAACCUCAAAGCAAAGCUCAGAGUAUCUGCAUCAGUAACCAGUAUGGAGGAGAUGAGGUAACACACACACUGGUGAUGGACAGUCGGGAGGAAACACAGCGCUGGAUGGAAGCUUUCUGGCAGCAGUUCUUUGAUAUGAGCCAGUGGAAGCAGUGCUGUGACGAUCUGAUGAAGAUAGACCAGCCUUCACCACGCAGGCCUGCAAUGGUCACACCUAAACAGGGCUCUCUCUACCAUGAGAUGGUUAUUGACACAAGCGAUGACAUCAGUGCUGUCACUGACAUCCUGACAAGGCGCAUCGAGGAGUUUGAGCUCCAGUCUCCACCUCACUGGAUGUCCUUAUUUAAGGAGGAGCCUCCUGGGAGCCCCCAAAACCUUCACCAUCGCCCUCCACGUCACUCUCACCAUUCUCCCCACUUUGCCCACUCCCCCAGCCCCUGCUCUCGACGAGCUCACGGUCUGCAGUCUUCCGAGGCUAGCCUCGCAUCGGACAGCUCCAGUCCCUGCAGCUCCAGGCUCUGCUCCCCUCAAUACCCUGCCUCCCCCUCCAGCCGUUUUCGCCCUCGCACACUUUCUCUGGAUGCCAAGUUGUCCACCCUGAGGGGAAGAAGCUACGGAGGUCUUCAGUGCUCGUGCCAGCCUCCAUCUGCAGGCUUACUGCGUCAGCAGGCUCCGCCUCUUUCUUGCUCCAGCUCCACUUCCACCUCCAGCAACAGUUCGAGUGAAGGCAGCAACAGCCAGGAAUCGGAUCUGGGCUUUUCGCGACCGUCCGGAGCUCGGCGCAGCCUGAGAAACCUUCGAGCCAAGCUGGACCCUAGAAACUGGCUGCAGAGUCAUGUUUAGGUUCUUUGGGUUGAGGGAACUCAGAAUGCGGGGAAGAAAUUCUAACAUGCUCACUUCGCCCACAAAGAAAGACAAGCUUUUCCCAAGUAACCCAUUAAAAUUGCAUAUAAACAUGGAUGUUACAGCCCUGCCUGUUUUAUUUAGACUCACUUCAAGAAUGGUGAUGGACAGACUAAAGCUUAUGGGAGAUUUCGGCUCUGUUAGGUCAGAACUUUGAAGAUAGAGUGUUAUUUAUACACCACUCAGAGUACAUGCAGUGGAUUUAUCCAAAAUCCAGUGAUUCAUGACUUCAAACUGGAGAGUGCAGUAUUUCAAAUGGGAUCAUCUGUGAGUUCUUUGUCAGUCUUAACUAGAAGAUUUACAGUUUCUCGAAACCUUGCUGGCUACUUGCGAAAAAUGUAAUAAUUUUCUUAAUCAACCUACCAUUAGCACUAUCUGCCACAGCUGUAGCGUAUCAGCACAAAUUUAAACAAGAACCAGAAAAGGUUUCCCUGUACGUAAAGUAAAACUGAAAGGAAUGUCUCAAAGUAAAUGUUCUUUUUGUCUAAUACAGAAUUAUUAAAGCUCUAAGUAUUGGCCGAUAUCUGUUACUGAACUACUACUACUGAUGUCCUUUAAGUUAACUGAUUCUCUGCGAGCAAAGCAUCAAAGGUGUGAUGUUAAGAUGCACCUGUGUAAUACAGUCUUAAAGACAACAAGAAGUCGGGUGAAAUAUAUAAAUAUUGUUGUUACAUAUGCCUGUAGUCAUAAUCUGCAGCCCAUCCCAGCCUCUCAAUGGGCGCAAGGCACACAGCAAUAUUUUACCCGGACGGGACGCCAGCCCAUCGCAGGGCAGACACACACACACACCCAUUCACUUAUAACCAGACUGCAUGUUUUUGGACUGUGGGAGGAAACCAGAGCGCCCGGAGGAAACCCACGCAGACACGGGAGAACAUGCAAACCCAGAACCUUCUUGCUGUGAGGCGACAGUGCUACCCACUAAGCCACCGUGCCGCCCUUAUAUUUAAUAUUUCAAAAUUAAACAGAAUCAUUACCCUUUUUUUGUUCAGUUUUAAUUAUACAUUGAGUUUUAAUUGUUGUUAUUAUUUUUUUACAAUGUAAAUUUAAAAUUAAAAAAUCUAAUUAGAUCUAUUGUUCAGACCAUGAUUCUGAAGUAGUGUUUGCACGUGAACAAUAAAUGAAUAAGACCAUUUUUGCAAGAGGGCCUGGGCACACAUAAGUGGUUGAGAAUCCAUUUACUUAUUUAUUUAAUUAACAUUUAAAGCCUGCAUUUAAAAAAAAAUUCUGAGCUUUUAGCCACACCAACAUUUUAAGAAUCUUGGAAAUUUGACUAGUUUUGUUUACUGAGUUUUGUCUAGCUACUUAUUAAUCAAACAUUUUAAGAUAAAAGCUAAUUACAAAGAGAUAUUCUAUGUGAAAAAUGAAUAGAUCACUACCUAAAAUGAAGGUAGAUAAGAGAAUGGUGUAGAUUAAUAUUUCUAUUUGCCUACACGUGUUUUAAUCCAUCUUGAAGAAAUCAUUGAAAAUAUGAUCAAUGGUUAGAUGACAAAUGCACAGAACAGUGGCUGAUCUAGUGAAUCCAGUAUAUCUGCUUUCAGUUUUACCUGAUGGUUUUUGUUGGUAAAAAGGUGUGGAAACCCACCUGUAUCUGAUUUGCUGUUCUCAUCAUAAAGGCUUAAAUGCUUGCAGUCUUUUGAUACAGUAAUACAGUAACAGCUGCAGUACAGAAACAAUAAUGUACAAUAACAGUAAUAUGAAAAUCAUGAUUAGUUAAAAUGUAUUGUACUGUUUCUACAUUUUUGGUGUUUACUGUUUACAGUAAAUAUUAGCAUGUCAGGUUUAGCUACUCCAUUUUAAAAUAUAUUAAAAAUGACACUGUAUUACAAACUGAGGCGGGACUAUUGUGUAAUAACGCUUGUCUUUGCUAAUUAUGAGCCGACUUGUUCUUUAAUCUGUAAAUUCAUUCAGGCAAAGUUACCUGUUGUAAAGUUUUGUAAAUUAACAUGUUUGUUGCCUUUGUUAAAACUGUAUUAUACCAUUUUCAUUUUUGUUAUAAAAGCAGCUAUAUUAAGAUACAGUAACAGUCCUAAUACAUAACAUAGAAUGGUAAUAUAGAAAUGAAGUGUGUUCUGUCAGCAGGCUGUCUGCAUGCACGUUAUAUUUAGAAAGUAUCUAAUUUAGCAUGUACCGUAGAAUAACAAUUUUUCAAAUGAUUAAAAACAACCCUCAAUAA